AUGGGUGAUUAUCAAGCUGCUGCGGAACGAGCAAUCACGAAAGCUGACAUGUUUGCGCAGUAUGCACCAUCCAUGUACUUUGUUAUGAGCGAGACGUUCGGCCGAGGACUAUCGUUGUUCGCAAUGGCUAGGAAAACAAAGAAGCGAUCAUAUGAAAAGGAGGCCAACGCUAUCCGCAAGCAAGUAGCCAAAUGGCUGAAGGCUGGCAAUCCAAAUGUUGAACACUUUUAUUAUCUAUUACAAGCGGAGUACGAAGCAUUGGAAAACAAGCACGACAAUGCCGAUGAAAGCUACAGAAAAGCGAUCGCUAUGGCGAAGGCUGGCAGCUAUCUGCAAUGCAUUGCCUUGUUCCAUGAGAGAUACUCGGAAUUCCUCUUGCAUGUCCGUUCUUGCAGGGAAGAAGCAGCACACCAUUCGAGAGAAGCGGCGACAUACUUUGAAGAGUGGGGAGCAAUGGCAAGGGCUCGAGAGAUAAGGGAAAGCUUGACAAGAGGGUGA